AUGUCUUCAUCCCAAACCAACAAGUCCACGGAUCUGGGUGAAAGGCCUAAGGAGAGGAUACGCCUUGAAGGCGUGGAGGAGACACUCUUUUGUACACUCCUCCCAAAGGCUCGCGAUGCUGCCAGCCCCAACCCGAUCCUGGGUGACCCGUACGCCCAGAAGCUAGUGGACUCGUGCGACGUUGACUUCUCGCGCUCGACGUUCAGCGCCGUGGAUAACGAACGAGCCAUGCGCUGGGUCGCUAACAGAGCCAAAACUUUUGAUCGGUGGUGCCAAGAGUUCCUCGACAAACACCAAGGCGCCCCGGUCACGGUCUUACAUCUGGCAUGUGGCCUGGACUCGCGGGUGUAUAGGGUGAAGAGAAGGGGCGCGGACGUUCGCUGGAUCGACCUUGACCGGCCGCUUGUCGUUGACCUCCGCCGACGUCUGAUCCCGCAGGACCCGCCCGGAGACUACUCUCUGCGGACCCUCGAUGUCAACAAGAGCGGCUGGUUGUCUGAUAUCCCUGCCGAUAGGCCUACACUCAUCAUGGCCGAAGGGCUCUUCAUGUAUCUCACCCCAGCCAAGGUCGAGUCAGUGAUCUGCGAUCUGGUGGACUACUUCAAACAAGGGGAGCUGGUGCUCGACACAGUGUCCAAGAUCUAUGUUCGCUACACCAGCCAGGUCGAGUUAUUGCAGGCGAGUGGCGCAAAGUGGCUUUGGGGCACCGACGACGCGAAGGAAGUGGAGAAAUUCCACCGUCAGCUCAGGAUGAUCGACCAGGUCUGGUCAACGGAAUACAUGGGCCACAAGAGUCUUGGACGAAGCUUGGUGCCACUUUUUGGUGAAGGUACCAUCGGGUCGAUAAAGAUGGCACUUGCGUCCUUCUCCCCCAGCACGUAUGCGUUUGGGCAGAAUGUGAGAUUUGCAUUCUAA